UUUGGUUGGCUUCCUCUAUAUAAGGCUCCUCAUCCUCCACUCUCUCUCUCCUCAUCUUUUUUUUCUUACGCCUUGCACACACAUCCUCUAUCUAUCUAUCAAUCUGAAAUGGCUGGAGUGGCCUCAAAACGGCAAAGGGAGGAUGCCCAAAUUGACGAAGACAUGAGCGAAGGCGAGGACUUGAAACGCCAAAAAUCAUACAACCAAAUCAUGUCCCUGUUGGAGGAAGAGGAGGAGGAAGCCAUAGAGGAUUUGUCCUCAAUAAUCACCACACUCCAACAAGAAAUUAUCUGCUCGCCCGACCAAAACAGCCAACAAAACGCCCACCCCUCCACCACAACAACACCAACCAAUAAUGAUUCCUCUUCUUCUUCUUCCUCUUGCUCUUCUGCUGCGUCUCCUUCCACAAAGGAGGACGAGGAGGAGAGAGAGAGAGUGAUGAGACACCUUCUAGAAGCUUCCGAUGACGAGCUGGGGCUGGGGCUGGGGAUUCCAAACGGUGAGUUUUUGGUGGAAGAGCAAGGAGUUUCUUCGUUGUGUGAUGCGCUGUGGGAGUUGGAAGAUGAGGCUGCUAAUUACUACACCUUGUUUCAGUCUCAGCUUUUCAUGUAGCGCUAGCGCAUUUAUUACUAUUUUAGGACAGUAAAUUAAGGUUAGAUCAGUUCAAAAGAUGAAUAUUAUAUUGAUUGAAAAACCAACAAAAAAGAAAAAGAAAAAGAAAAAGAGGGUGUUCUUGGGUUUGGGGAAAGCCUGUGAAAUUCGAUGAACAACCUCUCUCUCAAAGGGGGAAAAGAAAAAGAUAUUGGAAGUGUACCCUUUUUUGUUGUCUCCGGUUUUUAAUCAUUUUAGAAUGAAAUGAACAGUCGAAGACAAAGUCACCCAUCAAGUUCA